GAUCGUAAGACGUUCUGCCUCACCUACGAGGCCUCCAUGACACGGCUGUUCCGAGAGGGGAGGACUGAGACUGUACGAUCCUGCUCCAAUGAGGGCUGUGCCUUUGUCAAAGCUGUGGAGAGCGGAGAGGUAGGCUUAAUGACUGGGGUUGUUUUUAACGGUGCUCGUAAGUUCUUCUAGAACCUUCCUAGUGGCUCAGUGAAAAUAGGUUUUGCAGGCUUUUCUGUGUUAUCGAUGCUGAGUCGCGUUCACUUCGGAAUGAAUGUGUUCACACUUGAUAGUGAAACAGAUUUCACUCCAUUAUGAAUAAGGUAAUUUAGGAAGAAAUGGGUUUCAGUCAAAGUGAUUUGCAUUCAUUCUUCAGACACGGAUUACUUUUACGGCUGCAAGAUUAAUUGAAAUUGUGAUAUUGACAUGUGCAAUAUCCAUAUGUCAAGAGGCUGCAAUAUUAGCCUUUCUUUGACACUCCGUUAAAGUGGGCUCAGCAAUAUGACGUUGCCACGAGCAGCACUGCAGAUAUUGACAUGAGUGCGAUGCAAGACUUUUCUCUCACACAGUCACACAGAGUAUUUGCGUGUGGGUGUGCUUCACGCCAGUGUUUCUCUGCAGUCAUUUAACUGUGGUGCUGCGCCAGUGCAAAAUCAUUUCAGCCAUUUCCCAAUUGGCAGGUUACCCCAUGUUACCCUAACAGGUAGGCCUACAUUAUAUUCCCUGUGUGUUUACACGUUUGUUGGGACGUACAUUUAAUCAGUAGGAUGCUAAUUAGUCUAAAGAUUACAUUUGGGAUCUAGCUAAUGAUAAUGUCCAGUUAGCACAGCAUGUAUUAAGUCCUAUUAGCUCAUUUUAGAAGUGCUGUUCUCUAACUUGACACUUGUCUCAUGGAACUAUCAAGUUUUCAUCCAAGUGUUUGAAAAUCACAAGUCAUAAUCUCAAUUGCAAUAUCUAGCUCCAGGUUUAUGGGAUAUUUGUUCAUACCUGAUGGAUAACUGCACUUAACUCCAUUAUCUACACUUCACAGAGUUAAACUACUAUAAAUCCUUAAUCUGAAUAUUCUCAACUAAAGAGAGAAAAUACUCUCCAACAGUAAUUAACAUAAAUCCAUUAAAAUACUGAGGAUCAACUCUAUAAUAAUCUGCUAGCCUAGCGGAACCAGUUUCACUCCAUAAAUACUUACAUUAUCCUCUUACGGGGGUUUCACUCUCAUAUUACAUUUUCAUUUUAUUUAUUUGAGUAACCUCUUUCGCCCCACUACUAUCAUCAACUGUAAUCAUAAUUCAUCCUAUCUCGCUUCUAACAGACAGGUUAUCUUAUUACAGGGGCCGGAGCACUGCAGGCGGCUGUUCCGAUUGGCUGCCGAGAAGCACCAGAACCUCUACCGAUUGGCCAUGACAGGGUCCGGCAUUGACAGGCACCUCUUCUGCCUGUACGUGGUGUCUAAAUACCUGGGGGUGGAGUCACCGUUCCUAACAGAGGUAGGUACAAACAUGGAUAACAUGCUAGCAAGAACAGUAUCCCCCUUCCCAGCACACCCCCAUUUUCUGUACACAAAUAUGCGCACAAAGAUGCAAUUCGUUAACUUAAGUUGCGGUGCUUGGGUACAUUUACUGUUGAAGAAAAAUACCCUUUAUUAUAAAGCCAUAAUUGCAGUUUUUAGAAUUUCCACACAUGUUUUUAGCAGGUAUGGUAGAAAAAUUACAAGAUUAUGUUUAAUACUAUUUAUGCAUCGAAUGGUUGUUUUAUGCAAUGGAAUAGGGUUCUUAGAACUCUCUCAUCUGUGUCUGUGAACUCAGUUGAGCUUGGGCUGGCAAUUUAUUUAUGAUGGGCUUGGUGAUAAAACCAACAGCCAUUCCAUUCUAUGAUUAGUGGUGCAUGUGAGGGGGAGAUGUAUCCGGUCUGACUGAGCCUGCAUUCCAUAGAAUAAAUAUAAAAUAUAAAUAUAAUAUGCCAUUUAGCAGACGCUUUUAUCCAAAGCGACUUACAGUCAUGCGUGCAUACAUUUUUUUUUUUGUGAAUGGGUGGUCCAGGGGAUCGAACCCACUACUUUGGCGUUACAAGCGCCGUGCUCUACCAACUGAGCUACAGAGGACCACAUGAGUUGGUGUUUGUGUACUAUAGGGUACCAGGGAGGAGAUGGCUCGGGUAUGGAUAAUGAUGACAGGAACCUUGUCUUGGGGGCCAAACCCUGGUUUCCAUACAAUGAGAACAAUCUUCGUGGCAAAUACUAUCUGGCUGGGAGAUGCUCUUUUUCUCAUAUACCAAGCCUCACCUUUUGACCCAUUCCACACAUCUGCUGUUUGUCAUGUAGACUAAGAGGGUGUAUCUUUGCUAUGAAAGAUCUUUGUAUUCUCUGUAUGUCGGCGCUCUCAGCCCAACACUCGAGUGUUGGGUCGACCAGACUUAUUAUUGCAGAGCACUCACUCUAUUCACUUGUGUGUGUGGUGUGACCUGCUCCCAAAUUAAUACAUUUUGAAUAAAGUAAUAUCCUAAUUGACCUUCUCUCCUCAUUAUUGAUUAGAAUUUCCACGACACAGGGUCCCCAAACAAUUGGCCUAUGAUAAACGCAUUUCAUGCAAUUCUACAUAAUUUACAUGACAGAAGACAUUAUUAGCAGAAUAUUUUUUAAUACCACAUAAAUGACCAAAAUUACUGGCUACUCUGACACUGAAAAACUGAGAUCAAUAAAAACGAUCUGGUCUUGAAUGCAAACAAUAGCCCAGGCCAAGCCAAUGAAAAGACACACAGAUUGUACAAUAUUAGUGUAUAUCUACAUUUACAUCAUUUAGCAGACGCUCUUAUCCAGAGCGACUUAGUUAGUGAGUGCAUACAUUAUUUUUUAUAUAUUUUAAAAAAGUUUUUAUUUUUUGUAUUUUUAUUUAUUUAUUUAUUUUUUAUUUCAUACUGGCCCCCCGUGGGAAAUGAACCCACAACCCUGGCGUUGCAAACGCCAUGCUCUACCAACGGAGCUACAUCCCUGCCAGCCAUUCCCUCCCCUACCCUGGACGACGCUGGGCCAAUUGUGCGCCGCCCCAUGGGUCUCCCGGUCGCGGCCGGCUACGACAGAGCCUGGAUUCGAACCAGGAUCUCUAGUGGCACAGCUAGCACUGCGAUGCAGUGCCUUAGACCACUGCGCCACUGAACACUGCGCCACUGCCUUAGUACCAGUCAAAAGUUUGGACACCUACUCAUUCAAGGGUUUUUCUUAAUUUUUACUAUUUUCUACAUUGUAUAAUAAUAGUGAAGACAUCAAAAAUAUGGAAUAACAUAUAUGGAAUCAUUUUUAACCAAAAAAGUGUUAAACAAAUAAAAAUAUAUUUUAGAUUCUUCGAAGUAGCCACCCUUUGUCUUGAUGACAGCUUUGCACACUCUUUGCAUUCUCUCAACCAGCAUCAUGAGGAAUGCUUUUCCAACAGUCUUGAAGGAGUUCCCACAUAUGCUGAGCACUUGUUGGCUGCUUUUCCUUCACUCUGCGGUGUAACUCAUCCCAAACCAUAUCAAUUGGGUUGAGGUCGGGUGAUUGUGGAGGCCAGGUCAUCUGAUGCAGCACUCCAUCACUCUCCUUGGUCAAAUAGCCCUUACACAGCCUGGAGGUGUGUUUUGGGUCAUUGUCCUGUUGAAAAACUAAUUAUAGUCCCACUAAGCGAAACCAGAUGGGAUGGCGUAUCGCUGAAGAAUGCUGUGGUAGCCAUGCUGGUUAAGUGUGGCUUGAAUUCUAAAUAAAUCACCAACAGUGUCACCAGCAAAGCACCCCCACACCAUCACACCAUCUCCUCCAUGCUUCACAGUGGGAACCAGAGAUCUGUUCACCUACUCUGCGUCUCACAAAGACACUGCGGUUGGAACCAAAAAUCUCAAAUUUGGACUCAUUGGACCAAAGGACAGAUUUCCACCGGUCCAAUGUCCAUUGCUCGUGUUCCUUUAGUAGUGGUUUCUUUGCAGCAAUUCGACAAUGAAGGCCUGAUUUACACAGUCUCCUCUGAACAAUUGAUAUUAACAGAUGUGCCUUCUUAAAAGUGAAUUUGUGGAAUUUCUUUCCUUAAUGCGUUUGAGCCUAUCAGUUGUGUUGUGACAAGGUAAGGGGGGUAUACAGAAUAGCACUAUUGGGUAAAAGACCAAGUCCAUAUUAUGGCAAGAACAGCUCAAAUAAGGAAAGAGAAACGACAGUCCAUCAUUACUUUAACAUUUUUACAUUUUAGUCAUUUAGCAGACGCUCUUAUCCAGAGCGACUUACAGUUAGUGAGUGCAUACAUUAUAUUUUUUAAUUUUUCAUACUAUUUUUCAUACCCCGGUGGGAAUCGAACCCACAACCCUGGCGUUGCAAACGCCAUGCUCUACCAACUGAGCUACAUCCCUGCCGGCCAUUCCCUCCCCUACCCUAGACGCUGGGCCAAUUGUGCGCCGCCCCAUGGGUCUCCCGGUCACGGCCGGCUACGACAGAGCCUGGAUUCGAACCAGGAUCUCUAGUGGCACAGCUAGCACUGCGAUGCAGUGCCUUAGACCACUGCGCCACUCGGGAGAUGUAAGACAUGAAGGUCAGUCAAUAAGGAACAUUUCAAGAACUUUGAAAGUUUCUUCAAGUUCUGUCGCAAAACCCAUCAAGCUCUAUGAUGAAACUGGCUCUCAUGAGGACCGCCACAGGAAUGGAAGACCCAGAGUGACCGUUGAUGCAGAGGAUAACUUCAUUAGAGUUACCAGCCUCAGAAAUUGCAGGCCAAAUAAAUGCUUCACAGAGUUCAAGUAACAGACAUCUCAACAUCAACUGUUCAGAGGAGACUGUGUGAAUCAGGCCUUCAAUAAGGACACCAAUAAGAAGAAGAGACUUGCUUGGGCCAAGAAACACGAGCAAUGGACAUUAGACCGGUGGAAAUGUGUCCUUCGAUCUGGAGUCCAAAUUUGAGAUUUUUGGUUCCAACCGCCGUGUCUUUGUGAGAUGCGGUGUGGGUGAACGGAUGAUCUCUGCAUGUGUAUUUUCCACUGUAAAGCAUGGAGGAGUUAUGGUGUAGGGGUGCUUUGCUGGAGACACUGUCUGUGAUUUAUUUAGAAUUCAAGGCACACUUAACUAGCAUGGCUACCACAGCAUUCUGCAGCGAUACGCCAUCCCUGGUUUGGGCUUAGUGGGACUAUCAUUUGUUUUUCAACAGGACAAUGACCCAAAACACACCUCCAGGCUGUGUAAGGGCUAUUUUACCAAGAAGGAGAGUGAUGGAGUGCUGCAUCCGAUGACCUGGCCUCCACAAUCCCCCGACCUCCACCAAAUUAAGAUGGUUUGGGAUGAGUCGGACCGCAGAGUGAAGGAAAAGCAGCCAACAAGUGCUCAGCAUAUGUAGGAACUCCUUCAAGACUGUUGGAAAAGCAUUCCAGGUGAAGCUGGUUGAGAGAAUGCCAAGAGUGUGCAAAGCUGUCAUCAAGGCAAAGGGUGGCUAUUUGAAGAAUCUCAAAUAUAACAUAUCUUUUUUGUUUUAACUUUUUUGGUUACUACAGGAUUCCAUAUGUGUUAUUCAUAAUUUUGAUGUCUUCACUAUUAUUCUACAAUGUAGAAAAAAAUAAAGAAAAACCCUUAUAUAUACUGCUCAAAAAAAUUAAGGGAACACAAAAUGAAUGAAAUAAUCUUAUUAAAUACUUUUUUCUUUACAUAGUUGAAUGUGCUGACAACAAAAUCACACAAAUUAUCAAUGGAAAUCAAAUGUAUCAACCCAUGGAGGUCUGGAUUUGGAGUCACCCUCAAAAUUUAAGUGGAAAACCACACUACAGGCUGAUCCAACUUUGAUUUACUGUCCUUAAAACAAGUCAAAAUGAGGCUCAGUAGUGUGUGUGGCCUCCACGUGCCUGUAUGACCUCCCUACAACGCCUGGGCAUGCUCUUGAUGAGGUGGCGGAUGGUCUCCUGAGGGAUCUCCUCCCAGACCUGGACUAAAGCAUGGAGCGAGACAUGAUGUACCAGAUGUGCUCAAUUGGAUUCAGGUCUGGGGAACGGGCGGGCCAGUCCAUAGCAUCAAUGCCUUCCUCUUGCAGGAACUGCUGACACACUCCAGCCACAUGAGGUCUAGCAUUGUCUUGCAUUAGGAGGAACCCAGGGCCAACCGCACCAGCAUAUGGUCUCACAAGGGGUUUGAGGAUCUCAUCUCGGUACCUAAUGGCAGUCAGGCUACCUCUGGCGAGCACAUGGAGGGCUGUGCGGCCCCCCAAAUAAAUGCCACCCCACAUCAUGACUGACCCACCGCCAAACCGGUCAUGCUGGAGGAUGUUGCAGGCAGCAGAACGUUCUCCACGGCGUCUCCAGACUCUGUCACGUGCUCAGUGUGAACCUGCUUUCAUCAGUGGUGAAUUUGCCAAUCUUGGUGUUCUCUGGCAAAUGCCAAAAAUCCUGCACGGUGUUGGGCUGGAUGCACAACCCCCACCUGUGGACGUCGGGCCCUCCAUACCACCCUCAUGGAGUCUGUUUCUGACCGUUUGAGCAGACACGUGCACAUUUGUGGCCUGCUGGAGGUCAUUUUGCAGGGCUCUGGCAGUGCUCCUCCUUGCACAAAGGCGGAGGUAGCAGUCCUGCUGCUGGGUUGUUGCCAUCCUACGGCCUCCUCCACGUCUCCUGAUGUACUGGCCUGUCUCCUGGUAGCGCCUCCAUGCUCUGGACACUACGCUGACAGACACAGCAAACCUUCUUGCCACAGCUCGCAUUGAUGUGCCAUCCUGGAUGAGCUGCAUUACCUGAGCCACUUGUGUGUGUUGUAGACUCCGUCUCAUGCUACCACUAGAGUUAAAGCACCGCCAGCAUUCAAAAGUGACCAAAACAUCAGCCAGGAAGCAUAGGAACUGAGAAGUGGUCUGUGGUCACCACCUGCAAAACCAGUCCUUUAUUGGGGGUGUCUUGCUAAUUGCCUAUAAUUUCCACCUGUUGUCUAUUCCAUUUGCACAACAGCAUGUGAAUUUGUAUUGUCAAUCAGUGUAGCUUCCUAAGUGGACAGUUUGAUUUCACAGAAGUCUGAUUGACUUGGAGUUACAUUGUGUUGUUUAAGUGUUCCCUUUAUUUUUUUUGAACAGUGUAUAUCAGUAAUACUAGAGGUGUAGUGUUGAGUUGUCAAACUGAUCCUUCUGCGUGUCUGUCCAUCUAGGUGUUGUCGGAGCCCUGGCGUCUCUCCACCAGUCAGACUCCGGUUCAGCAGUUGGAGCUGUUUGACAUGAAGAACCACCCAGACUUUAUAUCCCUGGGGGGAGGCUUCGGCCCUGUGAGUAAACACACACCUCGACUCAGGCGCACACACACACACACACACCUCUACCCAGACUUCAACUACCUGGGGGAGGCUUUGGGCCUGUGAGUACACACGUCAUUUUGCUACUUUUCCCACUUCUUACUGUUCCAGGUGGCAGACGAUGGCUACGGAGUGUCGUACAUUAUCGUAGGAGAGGACAUGAUCAACUACCAUGUAUCCUGCAAGCACUCCUUCUCUGAGACGGUUAGUGUGUGUUAUACACUCGCUUGUAUUGGUGACAGAUGUUAUCGUGCAUACAGCAAAUGGAAACGUUGACAAGCGGUACAUUUUGUCUCUUUAAGCGGACACAAAUCAUGUAUGGCCAGCUGAACAUUAUGAAUGUGCCCUUUAUAAAGACCCACCCCCCUCUCUCAUCUCCUUUUCUCUAUCUACUGUAUCUAUCUCCCUUCCUUCUAUCUGUACAAGUUUUUAACCCCCCCAAAUAAUCAAGUAAAAUCAAUAUCUGUCUCUCUCUCUUCCUCUCUCUCAAUCUUUUUAACUCUCCAGAAAUAAACCAAGUCAAAUCAUUGUAUCGCCUCUUUCUCUCUCUCAGGACUCACACCGGUUCGGGGCCCAGAUCAGUCGGGCUCUACUGGACCUCCUCUCUGUGCUUACCCCAGCUAAGACUGAGAACCCACAGGCCCCGGACAAGAAACAGCAGUGA